AUGUUAUGGAGUUAGGAAUAGUGAUGCCAUCAAACUUUAAAUUCAGACUUUGCAUUUUUGAAUUCUCUCAUGUCAGAAUUUAAGAAAAUGAAAAGUCAGUGAAUGUGCUACUAAAAAAAGUGAGAAGCUAUUCACUGUCACUAAAACAGGAAGUGAUGUCAUGAUUGUGACAUCACAUCCUUGUUUGUAAACUUAAGUUCAGCCAAUGAAAAUAACUGUUACAUAUUUUGAUGGCAGCAACAACAACAACAUUUGAGAUAUCAUGUAAACAUGUAAUGAGAUAGAUAGGAAAAAUAAACAGAAUAUGUUUGAAAAGAAAAGCAGCUUAUGGACUGAUUCAUUGUUUAAAGUUUUUCUGACCUUUUUUCUGACUUGGAGAUUAUGAGAAGAGCUGAACAUUUGUGAAAAAUAGGAAGGAAAAUUGCAGGGGAAAAUGUAUUUCCAGGAUUUACAAGCAGAAUUUCCCGAGUUUUACAAUCAGGAAAACGAGCCCACAGCUUCCUCAUCAAGAGUUGGAGCUCAUGUUCUGUCAAAUAAUCAAUACGAGAAUGCUGCUGAUUCUCCAAGUAACUACCGUUAUACGAGAGGGAUUUUGCCGCCACACGUUCAAUCAAUACCAGUGAGAUUGGAAACUCCUGUGAGAGAACCAUUGUUCUUUAUUCCUUCAUCAAUACAGGAACCGGCAAUAACUCCGGGAGCUCCAUUACUCAGACCCGUAGAUAGUUUAGUGCACAAUAUGAUGCCUACAAAUUACGUGCCUCUGGGUCAGCAGCAGUUGCUGUUCAGGAGAGCGGGUAUGCCAGGCUUUGUACUCGAUACACAACCCGGACAGUUUGUUUAUGUACCAUAUGUUCAAUACAAUCAUCCAUCAGUGCUGCCACUACCAGCUGCCGUCCAUAGUAACAUGCAGAUUUUAAACAGUAAUCCCAUGUUCAAUUCUCCAAAUAUCAAUAUGUAUAAUAAUGCGCCAAAUGGUUUACGUUUUAUUCCACCUCAGGCAGUGCAUAAUCCAAGUACAAGUAGUCUGCCAUUUUAUCCAUCACAGAACCUACCGGUAAAUCAAAUAAAUACACAAAACCCACCUGUGGCUUUGCAGACACAAGAAAUAGAUAGCUCAAACCAAAGUGUACCAGGAUCUUCUAGUCAAGGUUCUCGUCAACAAACUGAUCUGUCGUCAGAUAACUUCAGUUAUCAUAACAUUUGGCGCACUUCGUAUGAGAUGGUUACUACUGCAACAGAUCAGUUAAUGCGUGAAAUGAACGUAACACACCCAGGCCGGAGGGAUAUUCAGAAUGGUGGAGAUACUACAAGAAGAAGUACAGAAAACACUGUGAAUGACUACUACAUUUCCAGCAUUGAUAAUAUCAGAAAUGGGCUCCAGGAACGUAAUACUGAUGAUACAUUCCAACAACAAGAUCAGGUUGCACAAACUGACGUCACUGAAAAUGAAACUUCUGAAAGUACGAGCCAAUGUAGCGGAAACACGCAAAAUAUACUAGACACUAGUUCCCAGCAGUUUAUUGGUAGUAAUCAGUCAUUAUAUAGUCUACCCCAUGUUAAUGUGCUUACAACAGCUCUGAUUGAUUCAAUGAAAUACCUCUUUCCUCAGACUUUACCCGAGAUUAACUAUAUAUUAGAUGAUGAACGCAUUAAUUUACAGGAACUUGACCACAGACAUUCUUCUAUUGUAAAUCCUGAGGUGAUAUCUUCACUCCUUUUAGGAAAUGUAAAUAACAUUGAACCAGCUGUGAUCAAUACAGCUGCCGAGGUGUCUACGAGACCACAACAGAUGAUAUCUACAUCUUCACAACAGACUUUAUCUACAGCUUCAGAAGGUAACAACUGUGAUGACAUCAUGUCUGCAAGCUUGUCCUGUAGUCACAUGGCUUGUACAGGCUAUAGAGAUGAAACUGUAGAAAGAAACUCGAAAGGUUACAGAAGGAGGCGUAGAAGACAUGUGAUGGCAGCUGUCGACAGUUCUCCUACUAAAACUAUGAAAACUUUAAGGAAAACAGGUCAGAAUGAAUUGCCUACUAACCUUUCUUCACACGGUGAAAACUUAAAAACAACCAUCAACAGAGAUGAUUUAACACAGGUUUUAAAAUGUCGGUCUGCGCUCACUGCAGGUACCAUUCAGAACAGCCCUGUUACGGGUACCAGCCAAACCUUUCCUGCUGCUGGCACCAGCCGUACUUCUGGUUCCAGUCAGACAUGUUCAGCUGUAGGUAACAGUUACAACAGCCCAGUUGCCGCUACCAGUCGUACUAGUUCUGGUACUAGUCAAACAUGUGCAGGUAGCAGCAAGGGAAGUGAAUAUAAAUGUGCUACAAGUAAUACAGAAAAUCCUGGCCAGGUUUCUGCCAUCCCAGGGACAAGUAGGGAUUUGGGUAAUUUACAGUCUGUUGUAAGUGAAAAUGACCUGAUUGAAAAUAACAUUAGAAACUGUUGUAAAACUUCAGACUCAGACUUGAAUAAUAUUUAUAAUAACCAGAAUGAUUCAACAGAAAAUUCAGAAAAACAAAAAUUCAAAGUUUCUGAUCCAGCAAUAAUUCAUGAACAAAGUAUCCCGACAUCUGAGGAAGCUAUGAACAGUGUUCAUGUAGAAGAGACAAACUUACAGGAACAUCCCAGUAUGUAUGACAGUCUCUCUGAUAGGGCAUGGAGAAACAGGAUUCUGUUUGAAUCCCAGAGAUACCUGCACACAGAUAAUUCUUCUAGAAGCAGUUCGGCAUCACUUGCUGGGAGAAUGACAUCAUCAAUAAUGCAUGAUCUGUACCAUUUUACAACCAUGAUGCCAGAUGGGAGCAGUCCUGUAGCAUCUCUUAGUAAUAUGGCCCAAAAUGACGGUAACGUAAGAAAUGACAGGGAGGAGGUUUAUAGGUUAGCAGGGUUUGCAGAAGUAAGGGAAGCCAGAUCGGACUGCUCAUUCUCAAGUACAGACGCACAUGCUUCACUUAGUUUUAGCACUGAACCAGAGACAACAGUACAAAAUAGUCCAGGUCCAUUUCAGCAAUAUUUUCACAAUCUUAUAUACCAGUUUUAUAUAGAGACUUUUAUGUGGAUGUAUGUGUCAGUGACGUCUCAUCCUCGAUAUGUCAGUACAUGGGCAUUGCUUGAGCUGAUUGGUCGUGGUGUGAGACAGAAUCCGGCAGAUGUGUUAAGGACACUGCUCGCUGGUUUUCUGGAAGGUUCGAUAUCAUCAAUGGUCACACAGAUUGACAUGGUUGACUUACUUCUACAGCAAAUUGAAUGGGACAGACAAGUGUUUCCAGAGUCGAUAGCAACAUUGCGGGACCUCUCUGUCUUGCUCUAUCUGCGACUGGAUCCCAGCUCAUUUAUGCGAAGGUUUACAGAGAUUGUAAGACAGGCAGCUAGGAAUGUUAUACUUCAGCAGGAACAGCCAGGAACCAGUGUGGUCAGCUUGACUGCCAGGUUCCAGCCAGGAACCAGUGCUACCAACUUGACUGAAAGGUACCAGCCAGGAACCAGAAGUACCAACUUGACUGCAAGGUACCAGCCAGGAACCAGUGUGAACGACUUAACUGAAAGAUGUGAGCCAGCAACUAACUUGACUGAAAGUCCUGGCACAAGACGUAGAUCUGCACGUGAACGUCAUGUGGCACGGCACAAUGAAGCAUCGCCAGAACGAAGGGCCUUUCAGCCGCCACUGGCAACCCAACACAUACAUCCAGCCGCACUACCUCUACAACAGCAUCAGCAACAACAACAACAACCUGUACUUAUAGACGUCGAAUCGGUACAGACAGCUGCUCCAGUUACCAUGGCACCAUAUGGUAUUCCACUGUGUACGGGACCUCACAUGCCAAUGUGUACGACAGCUGCAGGUCACAUACCUGUGUGUGCUGCUGCAGGCCAGGCCACAUGGUCGUUUCCCGGCUGCAGUAUACAACACAUUCCAGCAUGCAGUCUGCCUCAGUUACCUCCCUUGACUACGCAUCAUCAUCCGUCGAUACCUCAUGUCUUCACCCCUACUCAUCAUCCUCCUCUGCCCCCUGGCAACAUGGCACAUCAUCCCCAGCAUCAUCAACAACAACAACAACAACAUCAUCAUCAUCAUCAUCAAAGGUUACAGCAACAGCAUCAUCCUCAACAUCCACAUUAUACAGCAAAUCAUCAACAGCGGGGCCAGGAGGAGGAGGUUCUUAUUGAACGUAUGCACCAUCGUCCACCGGCCUACCACCAUGUGCCACACCGAGGUUUUGCCCACCCACCCACACUCAAUCCAUCACCUCCACUCAUUCUACAAGAGCCAUCAGUUCACCCCACACCACAAGAUAUCUUUGGUCCGUUCCAGAGGUUUUAUGCACAGCAAAGAGCGCUCGGUCGGCGAUCGAUGAGAAACUUCCCACCACCCCCUCCACCUUACCCAGGAUUCCUACUUCACUUCCUAGCUAUGUUGGGAAAUCCACCAGUACCUCCGUAUGGACGUGACCUUCAUGACGAAGCUACAGAAGAGAAUUACGAGGCCUUGUUGAAUCUCGCAGAAAGGUUAGGGGACGCAAAACCCAAGGGUCUGUGCAAGCCUGAGAUUGAGCAGCUUCCAGCAUACAGAUUUAACGGUGAAAAUCUACGCAAUGGUGCUGACCAAACGUCGUGUGUUGUCUGCAUGUGCGAUUUUGAGAAUAGGCAAUUACUGAGGGUUUUACCAUGUUAUCAUGAGUUCCAUGCAAAAUGUAUCGAUAAAUGGUUGAAGACAAAUAGAACUUGUCCAAUAUGCCGAGCAGAUGCAUCAGAAAUAGGAAAUCAGUCUGAUUAGAAGAUUGUUUUACAAAUUUGUACACAGUCUACAGGAAAUAGAAAAAUGUGCACAUUCUACUAGAAAACAGAAAAAAAGUGUUCUUAAGGUGUUCAUAAGAAUUUGAUAUUUGUGAAAAUGACACCUGCUGUCAAAGGAUGCACAUGUCAGAUGUUAGACAGAUUUACAAACAAUGCAAAAAUAUUCAUUUAAUGUGUACAACUAUUAGCUUAAGAUUUUUUUGUUAUGAGGAAAAAAGUAGCAACAACAACAGUUAUUAGAAAGUGCUGUUUAUUACUACACGUUGUUGUGUUUGGCGAAUUGUGCUGACUCUUUACCGUUUUUCAUUAAAUGUUGUCUAUUUUUGUUAAUUAUACAUAGUGCAAAAGUAUAUUUUCAGUUACACACAAAGUAUUCCCAUUGUUUGUGCAUUAUUGUAUAUUAUCUCAUUUUUUUGCACAUUUUGAAAUUUAGCAACAAACCUCUUAAAGUACUCCCUGUCCAUGCGUUACAGUGUAUUUACAGCUUAAAGCCAUUCGUUCACAUUUCGGGGUGUCAAAACAGUCAUCUCAAAAAUUUUUAAGUAUAAUGUGCCCUUUAGUAUCAGUUUGUAAAUUUUUUGCUUGGUGUUCCUGUAAAUUACGUAAAUGCAGAUUUUGUCAUUUUUAUUCAAGAAGUUUAACAAAUUCAUUGCAGAAAGACGCAAAGGUAAUUUUAUCACAUGUUGGCUUUUUUUUCUUUGCUGAAAGAUUGAAAUUUCUUCUUUCUUUACUUAUUAUUGUCAAAGUCAAUUUAAGUAAUGUCUUCUAUAUUUGAAAUAACAUCAGCUCAAAUUGUUAUUAUGCUAAUGUAAUACCAAAAAUUGUUUCAUGUAUUUAUUUCACUCCCACUCAAACACGUGAUAAAGUUUGGCAAGUAGUUAAAUGUCAGAAGCUGUCAAAACAGUGAAGAAAACCAGCACUGUACAGAUGUUGUAUUUAAUAAAUAUUAAUACCCAAUUUACUUCUCAGUGUCUGAUAAAUACUUAAAAAAUGAAGAUGUUCAAAUUUUUUCACCCCAUUUGUGAAUGAGUAAAUAAGAUUUUUGCUUGUAAGGUCUAAUUAGCUUGAAAAUUUGUUACGAGUUACAAAACAUCAUUGCAACUUACAGCAAUUUGUACAAACUGUAUAUUAUUAGAAAGCUUGAAAAAAAGUAGACUAUACUAUUAAGCAGUUAAUUUAAGUUUAUUUAUAAUACUAUAAAUAUUUAGUCGUCUUAAAGACUGACAAUUACACCUUUAUGUGGAAAACCAUACUGUCCUGUGAUGUUUAGGUGUUAAGGUAGCGGGCCUGUACUGAUAUUUGGCAGUUUCCAUGUGAUAACUUUUUCUCAUUAGAGAAUAUGACAUUCUUUAGACAUAAUGUUGCUCAACGCACAAAAUAAGUUUCCAGGGAAAGAAAAAAUUGCAGAUUGUCAAUACAUGUCCACUACCUUUAUUUGUGCUAUAUUUUCCUGCACAAAAACUUGUACAUAUUUGAAGAUAGCAUUGGUCCAAAGGGUAAACUUGUGCUUGAUUGUUUUCUUUUGGCAGGGAUUCAUGCUUAAGGUGAAGUUGAGUUAUUUAAUUACACAGAAUCGGGUUUGAAAUGGUGUUUAAAGCUCACUUUUUUAUAAUUUCAUGGUCCAGAUAUCAAACUUUUUUGUUAUAAGUUAAUCUUAUAUGAUUAAGAGCAUGUAUCGGAAAAAAGUUUUAAUAGAAACACAACUCUAGAUACCCUAUUAAAGGCUACAACACUUAAAAUUUUAUAAUGUAGUUCCUGGGAUCUAAGGGAAAAAACAACAACAUCUCUUCCACAUAUGUGAAGAAGUGUAUCUGUGUAAAUGAGCAUCGGGAGAUUCCUUGAAUUUUAUUACGAAGUAUUCAGUUUUUUGGGGGUUUUUUUUGGUUCUAAAAUGUAAUAGCAAUUUCACUGGAAGAUAGAAUUUUAAAUUUGAUCAAGAUUUUAAGAGUGAGUGACCAACACUAGGACAUACUUAACUACUUUCUGAUCAAGUUUUUUUUUUAAUGGUGGUACAAUUGAGAAAAAAAAAUCUCCGAAAUAUGCAAUUUUACCUGAUCUCACAUUGAUAAGUAUAAAUACAAAUAAAAGUGAAGUAGAAAAAUGCCAAAUUUCUGUAAUGUUUCAGGAGAGUACUAUAUACAUGUUUUUUGUUGCACCAUGCUUAUAUCCCCCCAUGCCCCACCCACAAUUCCCCCCCAAGUUGUUUAUCUUUUUGUUAUACCUGUUGAUGAUUUCGUAGAUUACUGUAUUAAGUGUUAACGUCUUAUUGUUUACAGAUAAAUUAUUAGUUACUGUACAUUAUAAUUUUAAAGAUAGCUCAUCAGGAAUUUUUAUUUGUUGAAUGUUUUGACUUGCAGUAAGACUGGUCCACAGUUUAAAUUUAGAGAAAAGUAAAAUUUUGUUUUCAAUUCAUGUACAUGUAUAUUAACAGUAGGUCUACGUUUUGAUUCUCACUCUCAUAUCAAGUUGUUUUAGGACAUCUUUUUUGUUGAGUCUUCCACCCCAUAUUCUCUGAAGUUGUAAGCAACUCAGAGAUAUGUUCAGUUAUACACAAAGUUUGCUUUUGAAUUGUUAAUAGCCCACUGGCUCAAUAUAGAGAGCACAGAUCUACUGAUCAUGGGGCCAUUAAUUCUGUAUCCAGACAAGGCCUCUGUUCUUUGUGACAAUUUGAUUAAAAGCAUUGUGUCUGAAGUUAUUUUUUCCUCAGUCUCCAAUCCGUGAAUUGAUUCUGACAAUUUUAGGAGCUAUUUGAGCCGUGCCAUGAGAAAACCA